AUGGAGCUUUUUCGGGCCCGAAGCCUUCACCUUGUAUUUGUUAUUGUGUUUCAAGGGUUAUCGCUCUGUAUAUUUCCGAUCCACGGGAAUGAACGCGACGUGGAUUGCCUGAGAAGCAUAUAUGAAUCGGUCGAAGACCCUUAUCAGUACUUGAGCAGCACGUGCAAUUUCAAGAACAACAGCGAAGGCGCCAUCUGCUCCUUCACUGGGGUUGAGUGCUGGCACCAGGGCGAAAAUAGGGUCCUCAACCUCAAGCUCACCAGCAUGAGCCUCAGGGGCUCAUUCCCUCUUGGCCUCGCGAACUGCACGAGCCUGACAGGGUUGGACCUCUCAAACAACGACUUCUGGGGACCUCUCCCUACCAAUAUGUCGAAGAUCGUAGGGUACUUGACUACCCCGGUCCUCUCAUCGAAUAACUUCUGGGGUCAAAUCCCUGCAGGCCUCGCGGAAUGCAGAAUGCUGAAUGUGCUCAAUCUAGACCACAACCGGUUUUCGGGUCAGAUACCUGCAGAGUUGGGCUUGCUUGACCGGAUAAAGACAUUCUAUCAGGGCAGAUCCCAAAGUUUGAGAAAAAUUUUACGGUAG